CCCCGCCGAGCCCUCCUGGCACUCGCUCUAGCUAGCCGGGACUCACCACCGCGACCGGCCCGGCUCCGCGUCCUGCAACAGCCCUCCGCCAGGAAACCCGUUGAGGAAAAUCCUCCAUGAAUGUACGUCACAAUGAUGAUGACCGACCAAAUUCCGCUGGAGCUGCCACCAUUGCUGAACGGAGAGGUAGCCAUGAUGCCUCACAUCGUGAAUGGCGAUGGGUCACAGCAGGUCUUUUUGGUUCAAGUUAAUCCAGGUGAAACCUUUACAAUAAGGGCUGAGGAUGGAACCCUGCAGUGCAUCCAAGGACCUGCAGAGGUUCCCAUGAUGUCACCCAAUGGAUCCAUUCCCCCUAUUCAUGUGCCUCCCGGUUAUAUCUCACAGGUGAUAGAAGACAACACCGGUGUUCGGAGGGUGGUGGUAACCCCUCAGUCUCCGGAGUGUUAUCCUCCUAGCUAUCCUUCAGCCAUCUCUCCAACCCAUCACUUACCUCCAUAUCUGACGCAUCAUCCCCAUUUUAUUCACAACUCUCAUACAGCAUUUUAUCCUCCUGUCACUGGACCUGGGGACAUGCCACCACAGUUUUUCCCACAGCAUCAUCUUCCCCCAACAAUAUAUGGAGAACAAGAAAUCAUACCACUAUAUGGGAUGUCCAGCUAUAUUACCAGGGAAGAUCAGUACAGCAAACCACAGCACAAAAAACUCAAAGACAGGCAGAUUGAUCGCCAAAACCGUCUGAAUAGUCCUCCUUCAUCCAUCUACAAAAGCCAUAUAGGCAGCUGCGCAACCGUAUAUAAUGGUUAUGCAAAGAGUCACAAUGGAGCAAGCAGUGGAGGUGGCGGCGGGGGGGCUCCAGUAGUAAAGAAACCGGAACGCAGAGCAAGAAGCAGCCCAAAGUCAAGUGAACAAGACCCACAUGAAUUUGAUUCAGAAACAAAAAGGGUUCAGGACAUUCUUUCUGGAAUGGAGAAACCACAGGUUACAAAUAUUCAAGCAAGAACAGUUUUACUUUCCUGGUCACCUCCCACUGGCCUUCUAAGUGCAGAUAGACACAACAAUGGCUUGCCUUACACCUGUACCUACGAGGUUGCCUUAUCAGAUAAAGGGAGGGAUGGAAAAUACAAGAUAAUUUACAGUGGAGAAGAAUUAGAAUAUAACCUGAAAGACCUUAGGCCAGCAACAGAUUAUCACGUCAGGGUAUAUGCAACGUACAACUCAGUAAAGGGUUCCUGCUCAGAGCCAGUAAGCUUCACCACUCACAGCUCAGCACCAGAGUGUCCCUUCCCACCCAAACCCUCGCACAGGACCAAAAGCUCCUUAACCUUACAAUGGAAGGCGCCCAUUGAUAAUGGUUCAAAAAUCACCAGCUACCUUCUGGAGUGGGAUGAGGGAAAGAGGAACAGUGGUUUCAGAGAAUGCUACUUUGGAAGCCAGAAGCAUUGCAAGUUGACUAAGCUUUGUCCAGCUUUGGGUUACACCUUCCGAUUAGCAGCUCAGAAUGAUGUCGGUACUAGUGGGUACAGCCAGGAGGUGGUGUGCUAUACUGCAGGUAAUAUUCCUCAGACCCCUUCAGCUCCAAGGCUUGUUCGAGCUGGUGUUACAUGGAUCGCAUUGCAGUGGAAUAAAGUAGAAGGAUGUACACCAGAAGAAGUGAUUUCCUACACCCUGGAAAUUCAGGAAGAAGAUAAUGAUAGCAUGUUUCACCCAAAGUACACUGGAGAGGAGCAAGCCUGUACUGUGAAGAAUCUCAGAAGAAGCACACAGUAUAAAUUCAGGCUGUUUGCUUCUAAUGUGGAAGGAAAAAGUUCUCCCAGUGAAGUGUUGGUCUGUACAACAAGCCCAGACAGGCCAGGACCUCCAACCAGACCCAUUAUUAAGGGGCCAAUAACAUCUCAUGGCUUUAGCGUGAAGUGGGAUCCUCCACAGGAUAAUGGUGGCUCAGAAAUCCUAAAGUAUCUACUAGAGAUUUCUCAAGGAAGCCCAGAAGCAAAUCAGUGGGAAGUGGCAUAUAGUGGAUCAGCUACAGAAUAUACCUGUACUCACUUGAAACCAGGCACUUUGUAUAAACUCCGGGCAUGCUGUAUUAGCACUGGUGGACACAGUCAGUGUUCUGAAAGUUUACCUGUCCGUACACUGAGUGUUGCACCUGGUCACUGUCGGCCACCAAGAGUGUUGGGGAAGCCGAAGCACAAAGAAGUACAGCUACAAUGGGAUGUCCCUCCGUCAGAAAGUGGCUGUCCCAUCUCAGAGUAUAGUGUAGAAAUGACAGAACCUGAGGAAGUAGUUUCUGAAGUGUAUCAUGGGCCUGAUCUGGAGUGCACCGUCAGCAACCUUCUUCCUGGAGCAACAUACCGGUUCAGAGUGAGAGCUCUGAAUGAUGGUGGGUACGGGCCAUAUUCAGAAGCUACAGAAGUCACCACAGCAGCAGGACCGCCUGGCCAGUGCAGAGCACCUUCCCUCUCCUUUCUGUCCGACACAUGUGUACUUAUAAGCUGGGAGAGUCUUGAAUGUUCUGGUGCUGACAUCUCUGAAUACAGAUUAGAGUGGGGAGAAGACGAGGAAUCUCUAGAACUGGUAUAUAAUGGCACAGAUACCUGUUUUGAAAUAAGUGACUUGUCAGCGGCAGCGCAUUACUGCUGUAGGCUACAGGCUAUUAACCAGGCAGGAGCUGGACCUUACAGUGAUGUGGUAACCUGCCGAAUCCCUGCAUCUGUGCCUGAUGCUGUCUGUACGCUCUCCGUGCUGGAGGAUGAGCAUGUGGAUGCCUGUCAGCAUUCACCUUCCGUGUGCCUUGUACUGAACUGGGAAGAACCAUGCAAUAAUGGAGCUGAGAUUACAUCAUACAACAUUGACCUGGGUGACAUCAGCAUUCCAGUAGGAAAAGUUACAAGUUAUGUUAUCACUAAUUUGCUGCCAGAAACCUCAUACCGGAUCAGGAUCCAGGCUGUCAAUGAAAUAGGAGCUGGACCAUUUAGCCACUUUAUUAAAGCAAAAACUAGGCCGUUACCACCCUCACCUCCUCGGUUAGAGUGUGCCGCAGCAGGUCCUCAAAGCCUGAAGCUGAAAUGGGGAGACAGCAGCUCCAAGCUUCAUACUACCGAUGAUAUGGUCUAUAUCUUGCAGAUAGAAGACAGAAAUAAAAGGUUUAUUCCAAUUUAUAGGGGACCAAGUCAUACAUACAAAAUACAAAGGCUGACAGAAUCCACGUGUUACUCGUUCAGAAUACAAGCAGUCAAUGAUGCUGGGGAGGGACCUUUCUCAGACAUAUGUACCUUCUGCACAACUAAGUCAGUCCCACCUGCAAUCAAAGCUCCUCGAGUGACACAGCUAGGAGGAAAUACCUGUGAAAUUACCUGGGAAAUGGUCCCACCCAUGAAGGGAGAUCCUGUUGGUUAUGUUCUGCAGGUACUGGUUGGAAGAGAAUCUGAAUACAAGCAGGUAGGAAAGCAGUCUCGUUUUAAUAUUGCUAAAUUGAUGAGAUAAAGGAAGAGUUUUUGAACAUUUGCUGUGCUGCUUUGUUCUACUGUAUUGAAUUGCACCCUAUGGUGAUGUGUCAGGGGAACUUUGGUAAAGGCUGAGUCAAAAUUAAGGGCUGUAGUAGGUUGGGGUUUCCCCUGAGGAGGUACAUAGAACAUGGUUUUCUGUUGAAGUGAUUUGCACUCUGUCCAUAAUUAAUCACUAUUUCUAAAGGAUCUAACCUUUGAAAAGCUACGGUUCUGUCCACCCGUGCUUUCUUCUCAACUGAUAACCAGCCGUGGAAGAGAGG